AUGUCGGGCGACUGGGGCCCGGUGCUGAUCGCGACGGCCUUCUUCGUGGUGAUGCUGCCGGGGCUGAUCUGCGAGAUCCCCGGCGGCGGGGGCCGCGGCCGGCCCGAGUUCCACAGCAUGCAGACCAACGGCAUCGCCAUGUUCGUCCACACCGUCAUCUUCUUCGCCUUCUGCGCCAUCUUCAUGGUCGCCGUCGGCGUCCACGUCUACGCCGGCUAA